AUGGCUUUUGCUGCAUCCGCCGAAUUGACAAACCUCUCGUGGCUGCCCUUUCGACCGUGCUGGCUGCUUCGUUGGCCGAAUGUGACGAUCAUGCUCGACUGCGCGCUCGACUACUCGUCCCUCGCCAACUUUUUGCCCCAAAUCUACGGCGAGAGCCACCGCCUGAAGAAGCUGGGCAGCUACUGCGAAGACGUGCCAUGCCUGAAAGCGGUCCCCGGACAGUCUGGCGCAUUCGUCGAUGGGUUGCCGGAGGUCCACCCCGCCCCGCUGACCGGUAUCCAAAUGGACAAGGUGGACGCGAUUCUCGUGUCGAAUCCGCAGUCCCUCAUCGCCCUGCCAUUCUACACGGAAGAGACCGGAUUCUCCGGAUCAGUCUACGCCACCGACCCGACUAUACAAUUCGGAAGGAUGAUGGCCGAGGAAUGCAUCGAAUACUACGCUCGAUGCACGACGGAAGAGGCGCCCGCCGCCUGGAAACGAGCCAAUUUGACCGGGGUAUUCCCGCUGAGCCCGUAUCGACACGGCCGCAACAAUCAGAUCCACCGCGACAACCCGAUCGAGUGGACGAAGUUCUACACGGCUGAACAGCUCGAGAAGGCCAUCGACCGGGUCACCGUCGUGUCCUUCAGGGAGACUGUUUCAAUCCUGGGGAUGAUCAACGCGACGACGUACGGCAACGGCUACACGAUGGGCUCGUGCAAUUGGAUGAUCGCCAACGAGAUGGAGAAGAUCGUCUACAUCUCGGCGGCCUGUCUCCGGCACACGCACACGAAGGCCGUCGACUGGGAUUCGAUUGGAGGGGCCGAUCGACUGAUCCUCACGUCGUUGUCCACCAGCUAUCGCGUGCCACAGACACUAAUCGUGGAGCUGUUGAAGGAGACGAUCAGCACGUUGAGGAAUGGGGGGAAUGUCCUCUUUCCCAUCCUCCCCACCGGCCUCAUCUUUGACCUCAUCGCCGUCAUCUCCGAGCAGAUGACCAAGCAAGGCAUCUCCCUGGACGUGCCGAUCUACUUCAUCUCCCCAGUCGGCAAGCGUACCCUCGCUUUUGCCAACGUCAACUCGGAAUACGUCAGCGUACAGUACCAGGAGAAGAUUUGGACGGCCGAAGAGCCCUUCAACUACGCGGCGUUGCUGAAAUGCGGCCGGCUGCAGGUGUACGACUCGCUCUACGGGGAUUUCAGCCGCGAAGUCAAAUCGCCGUGCGUCUGUUUUGCCGGCCACCCAUCGCUGCGGAUCGGCGACGCUGCUCACCUCCUUGAAGUCUGGGGCAACGACUCGAAGAAUGCCGUCAUUAUUACAGAGCCGGACUUCCCGCUGGCCGACGUGUGCGCCCCGUUUGACUCGUUGGCCAUCCGAAAAUUCGACUACGUUAUCGACACACGACUCGACUACCCACAAGCAAAUACCGCACUCGCCGAACGCCUCAAGCCUACGAUGCUCUACGUUCCGGACUACUACCAUUUACGCAAGGAUCUCAAUGGAGCGUACUUGUCUUAUAACCCAAUGCUGCCGAUCCACUACGAGGAAACGAUCAAAGUCAGCGACAGGCCGAGGAGGAAGCGAGUCCUCGUCCAUCCGGAGCUGGUCCGCCGCCUGGAAAUCGUGGGCAACGAGAAGAACCCAAGCGUGGGCUACGGCCAGCUCCGCGGCUUCCUCAACGCCUACGAUAAUGCUUUCGAGAUUUUGCCGGCCAAACGCGAUCAAACCCUGCGCCCGCGCUACUGCGGCAAGCUCGACGCCGACACGCUCAAGGUGGCCCUGGAUCGCCGGCAAAUUGCGCACACGAUCAGCACGGCCGAUGGGAAGACCGUUGUCACUACAGAGAAGCCCCAAUCCCGGGUGACGAUCCACCGUGACGGCCUGCGGACGAACGUCGAAGCCGACGCCGACGACGACCGGAAUCGGAUGCUCGACGUCAUCGCCAGCUGUCUCAAGCCCGUGCCG